UUGUUAAAAUUUAUUAAAUAACUCCCUCAGCCGAAAGGUCUAUCCGUUAUACUGGACUUCUGUUCUUCACACCAAUAUUAUUUUUUAAAACUUUCCUAAAAGUUUUCGUUGAUAAGCGAGGAAUAUAUUUCUUUAUCGCUGUUUUUACUUCAUCAACAAACACUUCGUGGAGGAAAUGGACAACAUAAAAAACCGUAGGAAUGCUUCUGUCAGUUUUUCACAGUUGUCAACUGAAGAAGAUAUGGACGAUCAAGUGAACGCUGAAGAUUCUACCUACCUGCUUCCUUCUGAACACUCCACUUCUACAAUGCAAAACAAUUCACAACAUUCCUUGGAUUCUAUGAAGCAUGAAGAGAAGGAAAAUAAAAGAAAUCUCUUAGCUUUUUGGAUAUUUGGGUUGUGCAAUAACUUUGCCUAUGUGAUAAUGCUGAGUGCUGCUCAUGAUAUUCUGAAAGAAAAGGAAAAUAAAAACCAGUCUGUUACAUAUGAUUCUGGUGCAUUUGGCAACGCCACCACGGAUUCCGAUACCAAAUAUCUGACUUGUAAUGAAAUUGGAACUGGUGCUAUCCUGCUUGCUGAUAUUCUUCCGGCACUGUUGAUAAAAUUAUCCUCACCACUCUACAUCCAGAAACUGUCUUACAACUUAAAGGUGACAGUAAUCAUCGCUACAACUACACUCAGUUUCAUACUAGUUUCAGUAGCUUCAAAUGUUGUCUUCAGUAUUAUUGGUGUUUGUUUUGCCAGCUUCAGCUCUGGAUUAGGAGAAGUUACAUUCCUGAGUUUAACUUCAUUUUUUCACAAAAAUGUUGUCUCAACAUGGUCCUCUGGAACUGGAGGGGCUGGACUUUUUGGUGCUCUCUCUUAUGCAGGACUCACCAUGCUUAAUCUCUCCCCUCGUCACACGAUUCUGGUAAUGCUUGUCAUUCCUGUCAUUUUUGCAUUCAGUUACUUUGUCCUGUUGCAAAAGCCUCCAGUUUUACAAACAAUUGGUACUGAUAUUCCCCACGGUAUGCUACUAAACUCAACACCUCCGAGAUUGAUGCUUAAUACAAGAGAAAAACUCAUCAGAAUUGGGGCAGUUGUGAAGUAUAUGUUACCAUUGUGUUUGGUCUAUAUUGCUGAGUAUUAUAUUAAUCAAACAUUGUUUGAACUUCUUUAUUUCAACAAUAUAUGGUUAAAAUCUGCUGAACAAUAUCGUUGGUAUCAAGUUGAUUACCAAAUUGGUGUUUUUAUUGCCCGCUCAUCUGUAAACCUUUUCCAUUUGAAAUUCCUCUGGGUGCCUGUUAUAUUACAGAUGGGCAUUGUGGCCAUUCUUCAGACACAAGUUCUCUUUCAUUACAUAAAGAACUUUUGGAUCAUCAUUGCAGUAAUAUUUAUUGAAGGAAUACAAGGUGGUUUAGCUUAUGUUAAUACAUAUUACCGAAUGUCACAGGAGAUUAGUGCCGAAUACUUAGAGUUCAGUAUUGGAGUGACCUGUGUUGCUGAUUCAAUGGGCAUAGCCAUUGCAGGGCUUGUUUCAAUUCCAGCUCACAACAGCAUUUGUCGAAGACAUAUCAAGAUGUAACCAGCAGAAAAUGAUCAACAUAAAAUCAUAAAGACAAAUUUUAAUAUUUAAUUUUAACACUUCUUAAGUGGACCGAAUCU